AUGAAAACAGACAAUGAUGAAAGAGAAUCAGAAAAGAACGACCAAAAGUUUCAAAAUAUCUCGAUGAAGGGUCAUAGUCAAGCAAUUGGAGGUCUCGUAAACCAGGAAGAUCAUGAUGUUGGAUUGCCGUUUUCAGAUGUCCAGAAGAACGAUAAUUCUGAAGUUAAAAUGGUCUGUGCUCAUAGAGAUCCUCAAAUAAAAGCACUUAAAGUCAAAAAUAUCAUUGCUGGAAAAGGUGGUAAAGAAACUGAAAACGUUAGAAAUUGGCCAUUGGACUUGCAGGCAAGUGAACGAGAAAAAAGCAUGAAAAUGGGUAAAGUUCCAAUAAAACCAAAAAGAGUUUCAUGGCAAGUCAAAUUUAAAAAAUGGUUCAAAAGAUUUAAAAGUGGCGAUAAAGAAAAUGAAGGGGAGAUGAACCAAACUGAUCAUCAAGUCGACUUGCCUUUCUCUUCUGAUGUCCAGAACAAUGACGAUAAUGAAACGAAAAUGGAAAUUCAUCAAAGAGAAUCGCAAUUAAAAGAUCAAAAACUCGAAAAUAUUGAUGAGAGAAGUGACGAUAAAGGAACUGAAACGCACGUAACCCAACCAGAUAAUAAAGUUAACUUUGACGGGUGGCCAUAUUUUGAUAGCCGGAAUUACGACACUGCUAAAGGGAAAAUUCACUCUGUGCAAAAGAAUUCUCAAAUAAAGGCAAUAAAAGUCGAAAACCUCAUUAUGAGUGGUGAUGAAAAAGCAGUUGUAAACAUUAGAAAAUCGCCACCUGUCCUGCAAGCAAAUGAACGAGAAAUGAUCUUAAAAAUUAAUGAUGUUAAGACCAAACCAAAAAGUGUUUCUUUGAAAAUCAAACUGGAAAAAUGGUUUAGAAGGUUUAAAAGUGAAGAUAAAGAAUUUCAAGGUCACAUUAGCAAGUCAAAACAUGAAGACGGGUCGACAUCAUCUGAUAUCAAAACUAAUGACGAUGCUGAACUGAAAAUAAACUAUGGUCAAACAGAUACUAAAAUGAUGAUUGAAAAACUCGAACAGAUAGCAAUGAAAGGUAACGAUAAAGAUUUCGAAGGGUGCACAAUCCAGCCGAAGUAUGAAGUCGGGUUGUCAUCUUCCGAUAUUCAGAAUAACGAAGCCGCUGAAAGAAACAUGAACUAUGCUCAAACCGAUUUUCAAAUGGUGCCAGAAAAACUCGAAAAGAUCCCUUUGAAAAGUGACAAUAAAAAAAGUGAGGGGGACAUCUGUCACACAGAUUACGAAGUUGAGUUGCAAUCUUCCUGUAUGCAGGGAAACAAUGAUGCUAAAAAGAAAAUGAACUAUAGUCAAACAGAUCCCCAAGUGAUAACAGAAAAACUUGAAAAUAUCUCUGAGGAAAAUGACGAUAGAGACACUGAAGAAAACAUGAGUCUACUAGAUUAUGAAGUCAUGUUGUCAUAUUCUCAUAUCCAUAGUAACGACGAUGCUAAAAGGGAAAUGAAGAAUGGUCAAACACAUUCUCAAAAUAUCCCUAUCAAAUGUGACGAUGAAGAAUUUGAAGGGUCAACGAUUCAGCAGAAGUAUGAAGUCGGGAUAUCAUUUUCUGAUGUUCAGAAUAGCGAAGACGCUGAAAGAAACAUUAACUACGCUCCAACCGAUCUUCAAAUGGUGACAGAAAAACUCGAAAAGAUCUUUUUGAAAAGUGACAAUAAAAAAAGUGAGGGGGACAUCUGUCACACAGAUUACGAAGUCGAGUUGCAACCUUCCUGUAUGCAGGGAAACGAUGAUGCUAAAAAGAAAAUGAACUAUAGUCAAACAGAUCCCCAAAUGAUAACAGAAGAACUUGAAAAUAUCUCUGAGGAAAAUGACGAUAGAGACACUGAAGAAAACAUGAGUCUACUAGAUUAUGAAGUCAUGUUGUCAUCUUCUCAUAUCCAGAGUAACGACGAUGCUAAAAGGAAAAUGAAAAAUGGUCAGACGGAUUCUCAAAAUAUCCCUAUCGAAUGUGACGAUGAAGAAUUUGAAGGCUGCACGAUUCAGCAGAAGUAUGAAGUCAGGAUGUCAACUUCCGAUAUUCAGAAUAACGAGGCCGCUGAAAGAAACAUGAACUAUGCUCAAACCGAACUUCAAAUGGUGGCGGAAAAACUCGAAAAGAUCCCUUUGAAAAGUGACAAUAAAAAAAGUGAGGGGGACAUCUGUCACACAGAUUACGAAGUUGAGUUGCAAUCUUCCUGUAUGCUGGGAAACGAUGAUGCUAAAAAGAAAAUGAACUAUAGUCAAACAGAUCUCCAAGCGAUAGCAGAAAAACUUGAAAAUAUCUUUGAGGAAAAUGACGAUAGAGACACUGAAGAAAACAUGAGUCUACUAGGUUAUGAAGUCAUGUUGUCAUAUUCUCAUAUCCAGAGUAACGACGAUGCUAAAAGGGAAAUGAAGUAUGGUCAAACAGAUUCUCAAAAUAUCCCUAUCAAAUGUGACGAUGAAGAAUUUGAAGGGUGCACGAUUCAGCACAAGUAUGAAGUCGAGAUGUCAUUUUCUGAUGUUCGGAAUAGCGAAGACGCUGAAAGAAACAUUAACUACGCUCCAACCGAUCUUCAAAUGGUAACAGAAGAACUCGAAAAGAUCCCUUUGAAAAGUGAAAGUAAAAAAAAUGUGGUGGCCAUCUGUCACACAGAUUACAUAGUCGAGUUGCAAUCUUCCUGUAAGCAGACAAACGACGAUGCUAAAAAGAAAAUAAACUAUAGUCAAACAGAUCCCCAAGUGAUAACAGAAAAACUUGAAAAUAUCUCUGAGGAAAAUGACGAUAGAGACACUAAAGAAAACAUGAGUCUACUAGAUUAUGAAGUCAUGUUGUCAUAUUCUCAUAUCCAUAGUAACGACGAUGCUAAAAGGGAAAUGAAGUAUGGUCAAACACAUUCUCAAAAUAUCCCUAUCAAAUGUGACGAUGAAGAAUUUGAAGGGUCAACGAUUCAGCAGAAGUAUGAAGUCGGGAUAUCAUUUUCUGAUGUUCAGAAUAGCGAAGACGCUGAAAGAAACAUUAACUACGCUCCAACCGAUCUUCAAAUGGUGACAGAAAAACUCGAAAAGAUCUUUUUGAAAAGUGACAAUAAAAAAAGUGAGGGGGACAUCUGUCACAUAGAUUACGAAGUCGAGUUGCAACCUUCCUGUAUGCAGGGAAACGAUGAUGCUAAAAAGAAAAUGAACUAUAGUCAAACAGAUCCCCAAAUGAUAACAGAAGAACUUGAAAAUAUCUCUGAGGAAAAUGACGAUAGAGACACUGAAGAAAACAUGAGUCUACUAGAUUAUGAAGUCAUGUUGUCAUCUUCUCAUAUCCAGAGUAACGACGAUGCUAAAAGGAAAAUGAAAAAUGGUCAGACGGAUUCUCAAAAUAUCCCUAUCGAAUGUGACGAUGAAGAAUUUGAAGGCUGCACGAUUCAGCAGAAGUAUGAAGUCAGGAUGUCAACUUCUGAUAUUCAGAAUAACGAGGCCGCUGAAAGAAACAUGAACUAUGCUCAAACCGAACUUCAAAUGGUGGCAGAAAAACUCGAAAAGAUCCCUUUGAAAAGUGACAAUAAAAAAAGUGAGGGGGACAUCUGUCACACAAAUUACAAAGUUGAGUUGCAAUCUUCCUGUAUGCAGGGAAACGAUGAUGCUAAAAAGAAAAUGAACUAUAGUCAAACAGAUCUCCAAGCGAUAGCAGAAAAACUUGAAAAUAUCUCUGAGGAAAAUGACGAUAGAGACACUGAAGAAAGCAUGAGUCUACUAGGUUAUGAAGUCAUGUUGUCAUAUUCUCAUAUCCAGAGUAACGACGAUGCUAAAAGGGAAACGAAGUAUGGUCAAACAGAUUCUCAAAAUAUCCCUAUCAAAUGUGACGAUGAAGAAUUUGAAGGGUGCACGAUUCAGCAGAAGUAUGAAGUCGAGAUGUCAUUUUCUGAUGUUCGGAAUAGCGAAGACGCUGAAAGAAACAUUAACUACGCUCCAACCGAUCUUCAAAUGGUAACAGAAGAACUCGAAAAGAUCCCUUUGAAAAGUGAAAGUAAAAAAAAUGUGGUGGCCAUCUGUCACACAGAUUACAUAGUCGAGUUGCAAUCUUCCUGUAUGCAGAGAAACGACGAUGCUAAAAAGAAAAUGAACUAUAGUCAAACAAAUCCCCAAAUGAAACCAGAAAAACUUGAAAAUAUCACUGUGGAAAAUGACGAUAGAGACACUGAAGAAAACAUGAGUCUGCUAGAUUAUGAAGUCAUGUUGUCAUCUUCUCAUAUCCAGAGUAACGACGAUGCUGAAGGGAAAAUAAAAUACAGUCAAACAGAUUCUCAAAUGAUGGCAGAAAAAUACGAAAAUAUCACUAAUAAAAGUGACGAUGAAGAAUUUGAAGAGUGCACGAUACAGCAGAAGUAUGAACUCGGGAUGUCAUCUUCUAAUGUUCAGAAUAACGAAGACGCUGAAAGAAACAUGAACUAUACUCCAACCGAUCUUCAAAUGGUGACAGAAAAGCUCGAAAAGAUCCCUUUGAAAAGUGAAAAUGAAAAAAAUGUGGUGGACAUCUGUCGCACAGGUUACGAAGUCGAGUUGCAAUCUUCCUGUUUGCAGAGAAACGACGAUGCUAAAAAGAAAAUGAACUGUAUUCAAUUAGAUCCCCAAAUGAAACCAGAAAAAUUUGAAAAUAUCACUGUGGAAAAUGACGAUAGAGACACUGAAGAAAACAUGAGUCUACUAGAUUAUGAAGUCAUGUUUUCAUCUUCUCAUGUCCAGAGUAACGACGGUGCUAAAAGGAAAAUGAAAUACGGUCAAACAGGUUCUCAAAUUAUGGCAGAAGAAUACGAAAAUAUCACUGUUAAAACUGACGAUGAAGAAUUCGAAGGGUGCACGAUCCAGCAGAAGUAUGAAGUCGGGAUGGCAUUUUCUGAUAUUCAGAAUAGCGGAGACGCUGAAAGGAACAUUAACUAUGCUCGAACCGAUCUUCAAAUGAUAGCAGAAGAAUUUAAAAAUAUCACUUUGAAAUGUGAGAAUAAUGAAAUUGAAGGAAACAUGAGAAAUCCAGAUCAUAAAGCCUGGUUGCAAUCUUCUGAUAUUCAGAACAAUUACGCUGAUGAAAAAAAAAUGGACUCUGUGCAAAGAGAUCCUCAGAUGAAGGCCCCGAAACUCAAAAAUAUUGCUAUAAAAAGUUUCGAUGAAGAAAGUGAAUUGCACACGUGCAAGCCAGAAAAUGAAUUUCUGUUCUUCGGGUCGCCAUAUUCAGAUAUCCAGAGUUACAACACUACUGAAGAAAAAAUUGACUUAGUUCAAAGAGAUUCUCAGGUAAAGGCACAAACAGUGGAAAAUAUUAUUAAGAGAGAUGAUGGUGAAAGAAAUGCAGAUGUUGAACCUUGGACAUUAAACUGGCAAGAAGCUGAACAAGAAAUAAACAGGAAAAUAAAUGAAGUUCCAAUUAAACAAAAAAGAGUUACAUGGAAAACCAAGUUAGAAAAACGGUUUAAAAGGUAA